UUCGAUCGGACCACCAAAGCUACAUGUGGCCUGAUACAAGGUUCAAUUUUUACCAGGAAAGCUUCAUCUAAAAAUUAAAUAUGAUUUCCCCAUCAUUCCUCAAGCCUUAUUUAAACUGGAAAUAUUUGAAUAGGGAUCAGCUAGCUGGAUUUGAUCGUUAUAAGUAUAAAUCCAUCGAUACAUCUCCGGUCUCCAACUAUAUAACUCAUCCAUUUUGGAAUUUCGUAGUAAAGUUCUUCCCACUAUGGCUAGCACCAAAUGUAUUAACCUUUGUUGGAUGGCUCUUAGUGAUGUCAAUAUUCCUCAUCAAUAGUUAUUAUGACCCACACUUCAAGGCAGGCCUUGGCAAGCAUACCGGCUAUUACAUACCUUCCCUUUGGUGGGUAUUGUUUGCUGUAGCUCAGUUUGUCUCUCAUACUCUGGAUGGUAUUGACGGUAAACAAGCCAGAAGGACUAGUUCCAGCUCUCCUCUUGGUGAGCUCUUCGACCAUGGACUGGAUAGCUCAGCCGUUUGGUUGAUAACCCUUGGUCUGUUUUCUGUAUUUGGUCAUGGAGUAGGAAGUAUCACCGUGUGGGAAUUUUAUUUGAUUGACGUAGUAUGCCUCAUUGGUUUUUACCUGGCACACUGGGAGAAAUAUAACACUGGUGUUUUAAAUUUACCUUGGGCGUAUGAUGCCAGUCAAUUGGGCACAUGUCACCAAUGCAGGGCGUGGUGUGUCAUUUAUGGAAGGUUUGGCUCCCUUUUUACCUCUAGUGGCGUUAUUUGGCAUGUUUACUUUCUGGGCUGUCAUAUCUCCAUCGGACAUCCUGUAUAAUCAGUCCAGAUUGUUUCUGACUUCAUUGGGAAUUGUCUACUCCAAUAUCACGUGUCGUCUGAUAGUCAGCACAAUGUGCAAUCAGCAGUGUGAGCGCUUCAAUCACUUGCUAUACCCUCUAGCAGUAGUAUUGCUUCUUGUUCCGUUCCUACACGUCGGUGGAGAAUAUAUAGCCCUGGGACUUUACACGUUAAUUGUCGCUGUUCUUCACAUUCAUUAUGGCAUUGGUGUUGUAAAUGAACUUUGUGACCACCUAAAGAUCCACUGCUUUUCUUUAAAAAAGCUAUAAACUGCAGGCAUUAAUAUGAAGAUGCACUACUGUACUACUCCAGGAUAUGCCAGUUCUUACCGUAGGCCAUGUGGGCUAUCAUGAAAUUCUGGCUUGAUAACGAGGCUUUAGCAGGAUGGUACUUCUUGUAUGGUUCAGAUUUAUUAUUGUCCAAUGUAAUGAAAGGGAUAGACAUAGCAGUGCAAUGUUCAUGAAGUUCCUUCCUUCUUAUUUGGACUCGCAAAUCUAGCUUGAAUGUUGAUAAGCAAAAGUUAUUUAAGUGUCAUAACUUAUAACUUUAAGAUUCUAAGCCUAUGAAUUUUCUUCACAACUUUAUUAUCAAAAAUAUAUAUAUUGUUACCAUGCACAAUGACUGUUACCAAAGCACUUUCAAAUUUAAUAGUGUAUAAUGGGUUUAUAGAUAUAUUCUCUAGGUUAUAAUUUAUUGAUUGGUUAAGAGAAAAAGCCAUUAUGAUGGAAUAGUUUAGUGAAUAUUGAACAAUAAUUGUUGGUUUAUA